AUCUAGCCAACCUCAGGCAGUGUAGCUUCCUGCAGAAUGCGGCUGUGUUGCUAAGGAACGAGGAUCUGAGAGCGAGCUGUUUGGUUUUCUAUUUAGAGGCGAGGUCCCGGGAGAAGGCUGCUCCCCGCGGUGGUGUGGUUGGGCCGUGGAGAGGAGCUGCUGAUGGACCGCAUGCCGACCUACUCGGCUGGAACUGGGGCGCUGGCUCCCUGCUGAACGCAGCGGAGGGCAGCUCCGCUGGCUUUGCGUCCCCUUUGCCAGACGAUGCCCUCGGCACAGCCGCCAGGCCAGCUUCCUGGGGAGCCGCCGGAGCGCGGGCGACUGGGAGAGGGGGCGGUGCGCAGUUCCCGGCCCGGCCCUCCCCGCGGAGGCGGCCACGUCAGCGAAGCGUCGCUCGGGGCUCGCAGCCCGAUGGGGAAGGCGGCGGCGGCGGCGGCGGUGGCCUUUGGGGCCGAAGUUUGCGUGCGGCUCGCGCUGUUCGCGGCCUUCCUGGUGACGGAGCUGCUCCCCCCGUUCCAGAGACUCAUCCAGCCGGAGGAGAUGUGGCUCUACCGGAACCCCUACGUGGAGGCGGAGUAUUUCCCCACCAAGCCGAUGUUUGUUAUUGCAUUUCUCUCUCCACUGUCUCUGAUCUUCCUGGCCAAAUUUCUCAAGAAGGCAGACACAAGAGACAGCAGACAAGCCUGCCUGGGCCACGCCCAGAUUUCUUCUACCGCUGCUUCCCUGAUGGGCUAGCCCAUUCUGACUUGAUGUGUACAGGGGAUAAGGACGUGGUGAAUGAGGGCCGAAAGAGCUUCCCCAGUGGACAUUCUUCCUUUGCAUUUGCUGGUCUGGCCUUUGCAUCCUUCUACCUGGCAGGGAAGUUACACUGCUUCACACCACAAGGCCGUGGGAAAUCUUGGAGGUUCUGUGCCUUUCUGUCACCUCUACUUUUUGCAGCUGUGAUUGCACUGUCCCGCACAUGUGACUACAAGCAUCACUGGCAAGAUGUACUAGUUGGAUCCAUGAUUGGAAUGACAUUUGCCUAUGUCUGCUAUCGGCAGUAUUAUCCUCCUCUGACUGAUGCAGAAUGCCAUAAACCAUUUCAAGACAAACUUGCACUUUCCACUGCACAGAAGAAGCCUGGGGAUUCUUAUUGUUUUGAUAUUUAAAAAUUGAAUCUGGCUGGGCGUGGUGGCUCAUGCCUGUAAUGCCAACACUUUGGGAGGCCGAGGAGGGUGGAUCACCUGAGGUCAGGAGUUCAGGACCAGCCUGGCCAACAUGGUGAAACCCUGUCUCUACUAAAAAUACAAAAAUUAGCCAGGAGUGGUGUGCCUGUAAUCCCAGCUACUCGGGAGGCUGAGGUGGGAGAACUGCUUGAACCUGGGAGGUGGAGGUUCCAGUGAGCCGAGAUCGCGCCACUGCACUCCAGCCUAGGCAACAGAGUGAGACCCCAUCUCAAAAAAAAAAAAAAAAAAAAAAAUUGAAUCUACCUCAAUGGAGAACAGGUGAACUAGCCCUCCUAACCGGACCAUGCACAAAACAAGAAAUUCUGGCCUUUUUUUCCCGCUUCCAAGGUGCAAGUGAGGACAUAAGCCACACUGUAUUCUGCCUCCAAAUGAUUACACACUUUUGCCCCUGCUCUCACAGAUCUAUCUUGAGGAGUUACGGUUCUUUUCCACUACUGUAUGCCACAUGUUCUAGUAAAAGGAUCUUUUAAAGGUGUCCAACACCUUAUGAAUCUGGUCUAUCAGAUUGAUAUCUGAAGAUCUAGUGUUUUUACAUUUAAUUUAAAUGCCAUUCUUAGAAGGAUCUUGUCACAAAGAAGCCUUUACAUAGCCCCACCUUGUCUCAGAAGCUAGAGUUAACUAUCAAAACUUAAUUUCCAUUUCAUAUAGCUUAAAAUCUUAAAAUCCAGGGCAUGGCCAACUAUAUUACUUUGGUUCUGUUUACCUUCUCUGAUGACAAUUCCAUCAAGCCUUAAAUAGGAAAAUGUCGAAUCUGGGGUAAUUUAUCACUUUUGUGCGCAUCUUAUCUGAGUCCAGUCAUCUGCUACUGCUGUGCAUUUUGAACACCGUGGGCAUAAACAAUUUGUUGAAUUACUAAGUGAACACAAUAAUAAAGAAGAAAAUGGUCAGGAGUGUGGUUUCAGCACUACUAACAGAUGACUAUUUCUACCUCAUUUGACCAUAACUGUGCUCAUGAGCUUCUUUCCUUCCAUUCAUGACUAAAGAUCUGCUCAAAUGCACCAAUACUGCCAAGUGACUAAGGCAGAAAAGAAAAAUGACAGGUAUCGUCAUCUGAAGGACAGAUGAAUCUUUUUCUGCCCCUUCUUCACAAUGGAAUAUAAGGAACAAUUAUAGGAUGUCAUCAGAACUCAUGCCACAGGACCUACAGCUCCCUUUCUCUUUAUUGUGAUUAUACUUUAAAUAUGACGUUGUCUCUUAUGUGCAUCUUCCUAUAUUUUCGAUGUAUCUUUUUCCUUCAGUAAACCUGAUAUUCAAAUAAAA